GAUGCGAAUUACAUCUACAAAGACAAAACAUUAUGAAUAAUCUUUUUUAUGAAAUUAUGAAUGAAAGUUUUCUUAUAAUUGUGUGAUUUCUAUUUAUUAUUAAAGAUUUUUUACUAAAGCUUCUAUAGUAUAUACUUACAGUGAGUGCAAACUAAUAUUCAACAGCCUAAAUUGGUAUUUAAAGACGUGUAAUCGUUUGCGACUGUAAACAAUAUUCGAAUUAAAAAGAAAAAAUAAAUUAAGUAUGAUAAACUUCAGUGAUAUACAAUAAAUGAUGAACAAAGUUGACAACAAUCAGUUUGAAGUGAAAUCAGCUAAAAGGAAAAUUAAUACAGGACCAAAUGUUUACCUGAACCCAGCGUUAGACAUUCUAGCGAAUGAGGAUCCCAUGUGUAACAACAAAAUGGAAGUAACUCCAAAUAAAAGAAGAAAAAGAACAAAAAGUGUGGAUAUAGCAGCUUUUGAGAAUAGUGCAUUAGAUUUGGGCAUAAGUAAAGCAGCUGUGAAUGAAUUUCUAGUGAGAGAACUCCAAAAUGUUAACAAAAAUAUGAGAACUUAUGAAACACCCAUUAAAGUGAAUGUGGAAUCAAAUGAUGUGAACAAAGAUGAUAUUGAACCAAUUUAUGCUAAUUUAACAUUACCUGUAUUGCCACCAAGAAAUAUUUUAAUUGAACACACUGAAAAGGAACCUCAAAGCUCAUAUGAUACUACUCACAUAGAUAAAGUACAGACUGAUGUAGAAUUGGAUUCUGGAAUAUCCAUUGUUGAACAAAAAUCUUCGAGUAGUACUCUUGAACAUAAUAAUUUGUCUGUGAUUAAUAAUAUAACAAACACCCAAAGCAAUGUUAAUAACCAACUUUUUAUGAAUAGCCCUGCAAAUGUGAAUCUUAGUUUUAUUGACAGGCUUGCAUUAGAUUCACCACAGUUGUCAAAUCAAUCACUCUACUUUGAUGAUGAUCUCAAUGAGAGUAAUAUCAUGGAAAUUAAAACCAUCACAAUUAUAACAAAGACGAAAAUUUUGUCCAAAAAGAAUACUAAUCCAUUUCUAGAUCCAAAUCUGGAUGUUAAUAUUAAUGAAACUGUUGACAAUCCAUUCCUUGAAGAUAAUGGUGGUGCUGCUGAAGUUGAAUACAAUGAUGAACCUAUAGCAAAUACAGAUACUUUUGCUGGUGAAAUUAGUAAUUUGAUGCCAAGAAGACUGUUUGUGAAUGAUACUAAUAGUACCAUAUCAACAGUUAAUGAAGAAUCAUUGAAUACUGAUGGUCAUGAGUAUGAAAAUAUUGAGUAUAGAGCAGAGAGUCCAGUUUAUGAGAAUAUUGAGGACAUGCAUAUUGAUUACCCCUACAACAAACAAAGUAAAAUAUUAGGGUGUGAUGUCUCUCACUUUAAUGCAGUUGAUAUAAUGAAUAUUAAUAAAGUAUCUAAAGGAAACUGCUCAAAUGAAUCCAAUGAUAGUAAAAAAGAUCUAAAACAUCACAUUCUCAAAGCAAGCAACAAGUUAUCCAAAAAAGUCUUUAAAACAUUGAAAAAAAAAUUCAAAGGUGAGAAAAUUGAUCAAAAUGUUACAUCGAAUCCAUAUGAAGUGCCCAGGAAACACCAAAAGCAAAAGUGUGAUAAGAGAGAUUCAGGUAUUGAGAAUCCAGGCUUAAAACUUGACAACUCUGAUGAUAUAGAAAUUGAAGAGCUGUGUGAAAAUGAAGAUGAACAAUAUGAGUCAAUAAAAACAAUUAGAAAUACAAGAUUGAAUACUAAUGUAACAACACCUUUGAAAGAUCAUAUAAAUGACAGUGACCUGUCUCACAAUAAAACAUAUACACCAGGUAAAAAAGUGAGAUUUGAUUCAACCCUAAAUAGAGAGAAAGUAAUAACAGGAGAGAGCUUUGACUGCAGCAUGCAAAGUCCAGGAUUUGAUGCGAAAAUCGACAAAUACCAUGAUGAACUGGAAAACUGUAUUAAUGAAAGAAAAUUUAUCCAACAGAAUAUGUAAGGCAGUUAUCUGUAAUGAAACCCUGUAACGCUUACAUGAAUGCAUAUAACUUUUACAUACUGCUUGUUCACUGCGAAUAAAGUAUGUAUAGAUAAAUAGGAGAAGUUGAUUCCUCAUUUUUAAUUGUCACUUUUAAGGCAUUAGAAUGCUGACUAACAAUUUGAAUGCAUUCACAUUAUGUUUUUUAAUUUAUUUUUUAUUCAGUAUUUAAUUUAUAUAUUCAUGCUUUAUUGAGCAAAAUUGUAUGCUGGCAUAAGUGGUAUUUUAAUAAUUUGCGUAACAUAUUAAACUCAAACCAAAAUAAACCAAAAGAACAAUAUGCAAAUCCAAAGAAUUGUGAAUAAUUUUAAGUUUUUACUUUUACAUGAUUUAUGUUAGAAUUUACUUCGUUAAGGUUCAUUUUUUAUCAAUUACUUUAAGUAAUAUAAGUUAAUUUAUUAAUGUUUAAUUUAUUUUAUAUCCAAGAACAUCCU